UAGUGCCAAGCUUCGCCAACAGCUACAGCUCUGCCCCCACUCUCACCACAGCUCUUGCAUCGCUCAACGCUGGACCUCCACCUAUUCCUCCGCUCCCAAGCAUGCCCUCCAUGCCCCCCCAUGCCCACACUACCUUCCAUGCCUGUUCCUCCUCCAGUCUCCUCUCUCCCUCCUGUUCCCACUGUCUCCCAAAUGUCCCAGGGACCUCCAGUACCUUCGAUGUCCCAUCUCCAACACAUGUCCUCUCUGCCUCCAUUUAACCCUUCUCUCCCCCCACCAGCGGGACUAGGCUCCGGCCUCCCUCUGGGAACCCCAAACCCUAUGCUAUUCAACCCCCUCUCCCCCCUUGCCUCUCUCGGCCUCCAGGCCCACAUGAAGGCUGCUGCUGCUGCGGCAGCAGGUGGAGUAGGAGGAGUCAAUCCUGAUGACUUGUUCGUCCUACUACAGAACCUCCCAUUCUCCUGCUCAGAGGUGGAGGUCAGGCUUUUUUUCCGGGGUCUUGGGGUGGAAGGGGUUCACCUGAUAAAGGACGUGCAAGGCCGACCCACUGGCAGAGCGAUGGUGAAGUUCUACUCACCCCAGGAAAGCUUUGAAGCCAUAAAGCGUGGAGGGGGCAUGAUGGGCCAAAGGUUCAUUGAGAUCACCCCUGGAUCUGAGCGGCAAUGGGCCAGUCUGAAUGAAAUCGCAACAAACCUUGUAAGUCACCAUAGCAUCAAAUCAAAUAAUGACCAAUCAGAGCAUCAGCACCGUCGUGGUAUUGCUGGGUCAGGGCCAGGCAGCAGGGAUCAGCGAGGAAGGUCAAGAUCUCCCCAUCGUCAAGAGUUCUGUGUUUACCUGAAGGGCCUUCCUUACGAAGCAGACAAGAAACAAAUCAAAGAUUUUUUCAACAGUUUAGCGAUUAUAGAGGACAGCAUCUACAUUGCUUAUGGACCCAAUGGGCGUGCAACAGGAGAGGGCUUCCUUGAAUUCAAAUCAGAACUGGAUUACAAGACCGCUCUGGGUGCUCACAUGCAGUACAUGGGCACUCGCUUCAUCCAGGUCCAUCCAAUUAGCCGGAAGGGAAUGCUUGAAAAAAUAGACAGCAUCCGCAAACGUGAAGCACAGGGUGACGGCAAGAAUCAGGAUGGCUUGAAAUCUCCCAGGAACUGUGCCCACAUCACUAACAUACCUUACAACAUAUCCAAGAAGGAUGUUCGUGCCUUCUUGGAGGGUGUGGGGAUCUAUGAAGACACCCUAAAGGUUCUGACAGAUAGCCAUGGCAAUGGAUUAGGGCAGGCUAUCUUCCAGCUUCGGACUGAGGAGGAUGCACGCAAAGCUGAAAGACUGCACCGCCAAAAACUGAAUGGUCGCGAUGCCUUUGUUCACCUUGUGACCUUUGAGCAGAUGAAGGAAAUUGAGAGGAAUCCCCCUCCCCAAAACAAGAGGGGUCAACGCAAUCAGCACCAGAACCAGAUGAACCAAAAUCUAAACCAGCACCAACAAACCCAGCCCAAUACCCAGCAACCCCAGUUAAACCCAUUUGCGGGGAUGAGUGGUGACGAGUUUAACUUUCUUAGAAACACAAUGGGGAAUCUCAGCAGUGCCCCCUUUGUGACUCCAUUCUCGGCACCAGGGAAUGGACUGGCAGGCCCCCCUCCACUUCCUCCUCUGGCAGCAGGGUUGGGAGAUGUAAAUCUGGGAGUGGCUCCCCCUCUUGUUGCCGGUCUUCCUGGAGCUCCGAUAUUGGAUCCUCCGGGCUAUCGACCUGGAGCAUCAGGAGGGGCCCCAUUUGGCCAGGAUGGACUGAGAGGACUGGUGCCUUUUGAAAAUGCCAACAGAAAAGGAGGUGGAGGAGGACAGAACCGGGGUGGAGGAGCUAACAACAACCAAGGGCGUCCAGGAAGUGGGUCUGCUGGUGGACAGCAAGGCUUCACUCCAGCAGCUGAUCUCCGCAACCAGGCAACCCCUGGGGCAUCUAAUAAUCCAAACGGUCAACGCGGCGGCUCCAGCCCCAUAAUUGUUAAGCUACAGAACAUGCCAUUCACUGUAACAGUUGAUGAGAUCAUGGACUUCUUCUAUGGCUACCAGGUCCUGCCAGGCUCAGUCUGUCUGCAGUUUAGUGAGAAAGGCCUGCCGACUGGUGAGGCCAUGGUGGCCUUUCAGAACCAUGAGGAGGCCACGGCUGCAGUCAUGGACUUAAACGAUCGACCUAUUGGAGCGCGUAAGGUCAAGAUAAGCCUGGGUUAAAUCCCGUCCCCUUAAAAAAACACUAACUGUAGAUAAACGAUGAGACACAAAGCUUGAUCCGCUAUCCAGGAGCAACACCACCAACAAUUAACAAACCUUAGACUUACUCGACUGCAACCGGAUCAUUUUAGACUAUCAGUUAUUACGGAGGCUCCUCCCCCUGUGUGUAGUAUUAACAGGUAAGCCCCGCCCCUUACAGUAUGUCUAAUAGGAAGACUUUGAUCCAGACUUUACGCUUACCUGCAGCUCCUCCACUGACUCUGAUUGCACAAAAUGUUGGUGUUGAUGCUGACAGCUGGUUUCUCUCUGGUUUCUUUCUCACUUUGUUUCCAACUUUUUUUUGUCAAGACACGCCCAGACGGGCUCACUGAACAUCUGCUCUGUCGCUGAACACGAUGAUCAUGACAAACCUUGAUGCUGUAUGUGCUUAACAUGCUGUGCUGCUGUGGUUUAAAUGUAGAUGCUCUGUCGCAGUGGUGAAAUGAUGUUGCCAUGAUAAAAUGUUUAUGCUCUGUUGCUCUGUUAAAACGUGUUGCCAUGUUAAAAUGUUUCAAUGCUCUGUUGCUCUCCUGGAAUCUUCACAUGCUGUGUUGAUAUGGUAAAAUCUUUUUCUAUGGUUAUCGAGGAAAACUCUUUCAACCUCAAUGAACUGUUGUUGCUCUGUUCCCUCGCUCACUAUAUUUCCUGCUCUAAAAAGCUGUGUCUAUGAUCAACUGUUUGUACUCCAUUGCUUUGGUAACAAUGCUGUAGAGGACUUUUCUCACGCCACUUUGAAAUACUGAUGCUUUGUUUCUGCGGUGAAGUCCACACCUGCUCUGGUUACUACGGUAACAUUGUGAUAAAAGCUUAUUCUCAUGAUCAAAUGCCCUGUUCCCGUGGUCAAAAGUAUUCUAACAUCAAGUUUCUCUUGCUAAUACACUAUUGCUGUAGUAAAAUAUUGAUGCUAUUCUGUGUUGCAGAAGUGCUCUGUUGCUCUGUAGAGGAUGUUGGAUGGACAGAUUGCUGAAUUAUGUUUUAAUUUGAAAAUACUGUCUUUUGGCUGUUGAAUCUUUUUCCUGUCACAUUUUUUAAUGUUGCUGUUUUCUAACGAAUGCCAUGCCAACCCUCUUCUCCUCAUGCUAAGUAGGUGUUUGACUGUAGGAUGCUGAAAGUCUAUAGCCCUUUAAGUUUAUUAGAUUUUCUGUUGUUUCUAUGUUUGAUCAUUUUUGGAUAUUUCCACUUUCAAUCUCAUUUUAUGUUUCUAUUGUCAGUGUGAACAAACUUGUAUGAUUGUAUAACCAUACAUGAUGUAGGGUCUUCUCUGCUUUUGGCUAAUAAAAGGAAUUCCUGAUGCUCACCUGCG